AUGUCUGGUGCGAGAUUUGAAUGUCUCUUCGUUUCGUCAAAACAGGGCAUACCAAGCCCUGGCUCGGGAUUUGAAGAUCGUUAUUCUCUGCAUCUCACAUUCUACGAAAUCGUAACAAUACUCGCUCAAAAGAUCGAAACAAUUACUUGGAGUUUCUGGAACAAUGGUGUUCUACACACCGAAAGCAAUGGUAUCCCAAGUAGUCCUACAUCGGUAUUGGUAACAAAAAGCUACUGGAGAGCCCGUAUCACGCCUGGGGAUAGGGGGAAAUUCCUCUGCAUUAGUGUCGCUUAUGCAUAUCCAUCGAUAUCUGACAGCAAAUAUUGGACGCUAUUGGAGAUGAAUCCCGCCACAAUUGCUUACACAAGUCAUAGUAGCCAAGAUCUGAAAAGUGUUUCCGGGAAUAUGCUACUCUGUCUAUUCUCCCAUGCGUAUCCCACCAUAUCCGAGACCGUAAUUUGCUGGAAGAAAAUACUGAAAUAUUUCGACCAACCUAUUGGUGACAAGCUUCAGUUCUUAUAUCCGGAUUAUUGUGAUAAGUUUCUUUCUAACGAAGAAGUUCUCUCGCGGUCCAAAAAGUAUUCUUGGGCUAUCUCCACGCCGAAGGACUUACGUAAGAGUGUAUUACAGAACACCUUGCAGGUCCGGCAACUAUUAGAGCAAGAAACGAGCGAAACUACGACUGAAGAAGAGUUGGGGGACUUCGAAGAGCACGUACCAUGUUAUGUAGCGAACUUCAAAAUGUAG